UAUUUUUGUGUACGGUAUCUGAAAUUCAAUCUUGGGCAUUAGUCGAGUGUUUUGGUGGAAGUAUCGAGUUUUCACGGUUAUCAAUAUGUGAAAAUUAUGAUAAUGUUACUUCAAAGGUGUAUGAAACAAAUUCCCCGUUUUUUUUUUUUUUUUGUUAAUCAGUAUGUUGUAGGUGGAAUAAAAAAUCGAGUGGUAUGUAAUUUCUAAAAGGCAUAAAGAAGUAACUUCGCUCGUUUAAUUGCUCAAAAAUAUUUGCUUUGUUUGUGGAUUGAUUGAGAAUGAUUGGGCAGAAUACUUCUGAAUGAAAAGAUUUGACAAAGAAUAUAAAAGAGGAAAAAGAACUCGGUGAUUUUCACCAUGAAGCUUCGGGACAAAGCAAUUUCUAUGUUGAUUAUUAUAUCUACUUCAUUAUGUCAUUGUGCUGAUCAUUUCCAAGAAACACUUCUGGGCGCCGUUGGAAGUGGUAAUUAUACGUACUACUGGUUGCCGCAACCUGGCAUCGUUAUUUUAAGUCUACUAUCACUUGAGGGUGAUGCUGACUUGUAUGUAUCUUCAAAAAAUUUAAAGCCAACCUUUGACAUUGAAAAUCAUGAAUUACAAUCGACUACUUGUGGCAUCGAACAUAUUAAAGUAUCAGCUGGUUAUGAUCGUCCGUUGUCAAUAGCAGUAUAUGGUCACCCUUCACAUGAAAUAAGUUUGUAUGAACUAAAAAUAGAUGUUUUUGAUUCUGUAUCGGAAGCCGAUGUCUACCCUGAUAUAAAUCCAAAGGAAGUGAAAAAAACUCAGUUUAGUAAACCUCCACCAACUCCAAAUUUACCCGGAAAAGAGGAAUCAGAAUACGAAGAAAGAUCAGUGUUUUGGACAUUGUUUCUACAUGUGUUACAAGUUUUACUUGAUUUACUAGUAGAUUGACAAAGUGCAAUGCAUAAAUAAAAGUGAUUUUCGAGCUUAAAAUUGAAAGUUUUUAGUAGAGUCUCAAUUUGCUCAUUGUUAAUAGGUAAUCAUUGCAGUUUGUAUUAAUUUGAUCUGUUUUUCAUUCCAGAUUAAACUUUUAAUUUUUUAUCAAUUCUUACAUCUAA